CUGCAAAAAUAACACACUGACGGAUGUUUUCUGCUGCUGACAGGACAGACAGACUCUCGCUCGGGGAAACUCAAGGUUAACUCUGUUCAACACACUGGGGGAAAAACACAGAGAAGCAGGAAAACUGGAGUUUAAGUGCACUAAACAAUCACAUCUGAUCUACACUUUGAGGAGAACAACAUUUACACCGAAGACAAAGAAACAUGCAGGAGAACAGCAUGGAUCAGCCAACAUCAUUAUCACAGCUCUUACGGGAGAGUUAUUUAGCCGAAUCCCGAGCUCAUCACAGACAUGGAGAAUCCACAGAUCCGCCUCGCCGUCUAGUCUACGGCACGCUCAAAGAAAAAAACCAAGAAUCCUGUACUAAACUGGAAGCACCAAUCCCAGACCUCUCAGCUUUCCUGAACCAAGAAGAGCUGGAUAAAAGCGUAGAUCUGGCCUGCAAAGCUAUCAGCGACGACCCACAAGAACGAGACCAGAAAUCUGCUAGAGCUGAAAUUGAAAGUACACCAAAAAAAGUUCAAGAAAACCCCCUCAGGACUAAUGUGGCGGAUUUUAAACGAGCUCAGAGGACGGCUCCGUACGGCAUGGAGACCCAAUCCAAGAAAGAGUUCCUGAAUAAAGCUGCAGACUUCAUCGAAGAGCUUUCCUCACUUUUUAAAGCCAACAGUUCAAAGAGAAUCCGUCCUCGCUCUUGUAAAGCACACAGAAGUCGAUACCAGAACAAACCUCAGCCGGACGGAGCUUCGUUCUCCAUUAAUGCUGAAGAUCGGGAAAGGCCUGUAAUCCCGCCGAUAGAGGAACCAAUGGAGGACACUCGGGAACCGGAAGCAACCGCUGCUGAAACUGUGUGUGAAUCGAUGGAUAUGGUGCAGAAUGAGAGUUUGGAGGAGUCGGAGUGUGAACCGCCACAGUUUAUACAGAAGCUAAAGAGCAGAGAAGUGGCUGAGGGCAGUAAAGUUCAGCUGGACUGUAUCGUCAGAGGAAAACCUGCUCCUGAAGUGCGGUGGUUUUGUGAGGGUAAGGAGUUGGAAAACAGUCCUGAUAUUCAGAUCAUCACUAAUGGCGAGCGACACUCUCUGAUUAUAGCAGAAGCAUUUGAAGAAGACACCGGCAGAUACUCCUGCUUUGCCUCCAACUUUUAUGGCACAGACUCCACCUCGGCGGAAAUCUACAUUGAGGGAGCAUCUUCAUCAGAUUCAGACGGAGAACAACAUUUUCCAGCACAACUUAAUAAAAGAUCUCAGCCCAAACCUGCUGUGGUCUCGGUAGAAAGCAGCUCAUCCCUUGAAGACACUACAUCAACAUCAACAGUAACAAUUACCUGUGCUGAAGCUCCAGCACCUGAAGCAGUGCCAUUGACUAAACUAAUCCCGGACCAGACACUAGAACCAGAAGAAACAGAACCGCAGAGCUUCGAGAUUUUCAGUUCUGCAACACCUGUAGAAGAGACAACAGUAUCUGUUCUAGAACCUGUAAUAGAACCAACAAUAUUUGUUGUAGAACCUGCAAUAGACACAACGAUAUCUGUUCUAGAGCCUGCAAUAGAACCAACAAUAUCUGUUCUAGAACUUGCAAUAGAACCAACAUUAUCUGUUCCAGAGCCCGCAAUAGAACCAACAAUAACUGUUCUAGAACCAACUAUAUCUGUUCUAGAGCCUAUAAUAGAACCAACAAUAACUGUUCUAGAACCAACAAUAUCUGUUCUAGAACCUACUAUAUCUGUUCUAGAGCCGGUAAUAGAACCAGCCAUACAUGUACUAGAACCACCAACACCAAUAUUGGAGGUGGAGGCCAAUCCUCCUCCAUCGAGCCAGAGUAUCCCUGAUAUACUGUUAACAUCUCAACAGAGCAUUUCUGAGAGUUUGAAUGGGAGCAGUAGUUAUGUCCAAAGCUUUGAUGUAAGGCCCAUGAUGGCAGCUCCGGUUUUUACAAAGAAUCUCCAGGAUGUCCUGGCUCUGGAGAGUCAGUUAGUAGUUCUGGAGUGCAGAGUAAAAGGCGUCCCGUCGCCCAAAGUGGAUUGGUACAGGGAGGGAAUGCUAAUUGAUGAUUCUCCAGACUUCAGGAUUCUUCAGAAGAAACCAAGAUCUAUGGCUGAGUCUGAGGAGAUAUGCACUUUGGUUAUUGCUGAAGUCUUUCCAGAAGAUUCUGGUACAUUUACUUGCACUGCCAGCAAUAAAUAUGGGACGAUUUCCAGUACGGCAAAACUGAGUGUAAAAGGACACAAUAAUACCAUUAAUGCCAAGAAAACAAGUAUGUUAACAGUGGAGUCCUCCCUCCCAAAGGUUCCAACAACAGAUCUAAUAUCAACAACAUUGAUGCGCAAGCCAGAUCUUCCCCUGGUAAACAACAAACUUCACUCCAGUAUGAUUUGUCUUGACCCUUUGAACUCUGGAUUUAAGCAGUCAUACCCUCUGGAUGGUGGAACAAUUCGUUCAGACUCCCUAAGUACUAGUACUCUUCGCCAUGACCUCACCACUAGUCUACCUAGUCUAAACCCUCUCAGCAUUGGAAAAUAUAGCUCAGACACUCUCAGGAGUAGAUUACCUCAGACAGACGCACUCAGCUUCAGUGCUUUUUCACCAAACUUAGACUUAACCCAUAAACCCCUCAGCUCUAGCACCACACACUUUGAUUCAGGAGGGUCUGUUUUUAGCUCUUCAACAGAUGUGACCCAAAGUCCACCCAAUGGAUCAGCCUCCAGUAUCACUCUGAGCACCGAUACCUGGGUUGAUCCAUCACCAAAUGCUUCAAAAUCUAUCCUGAGCCCUUGUAUUACUGGUCCCCCACUGUUAAACUCCAAUAACCUUCAAGAGCGUCCACCUAUUAAACCCCUACCGGAUCCCCCCACUUCUUGCCUCAAAACACGACCCGAGGGUGUGCUAGGAAAUCACAAUGAAUCCCGCUCUAGUUCUCGAGUGGGUCUCCGCGUAACAUUUAAACUCCCAGAGGAUGAAGAAGAGGAAGAGAAAGGCUUGUCAUCCAAAGGACCACCACCGGUGUUGGCUAAGCCUAAAUUAGACCCAUCACAGCUUCAGAUCCUCCACAAUCAGGUGCUGUUGGAACAGUGGCAAGACAACGUCUCCCCAAGCCAAGAGUCACAACAUUUAGACAAGACUAGUUGUGAGCCCCUUCAUUUUACACCAACUCAGGCCUCUGUAAAUCCAUUUCCAUCAGCAUUUCGACCAACUCCAAAUUUAAUGGACUCUGGUCCAUUUCCACAGUUGAUCCCUGCAUCCAUCCCUCCACCGCCUGCAGGACCUGCUCCCAUAUUAAAAGCCACACCUGCAUCCCAAUUGAGUAUCUCAUUACCUAAUUCCAUGCCCUUGCCCCAACUUACUCCAUCGACAACUUUAAACAACCUGCCUCCAUCACCUCAACAAAAUAUGGUUCCUACUACUUUUAUGAAAACUGAUGCACCAAUUAUAGUUCCUUCUACUUCAAUACCCCAAUCAAUUGUGGUGCACAAUGCUGUGCCUAUCUCACCCAUUGUGGCUCCAAUGCCAAGUGUGAUAUCAACAACCACAGUAACUCAACCUGCAGGAGCUCCCAACAUUCCUCAAUCAAAUGUAGGACCUUCUAUUCAUUUUCCCCAACAUAUCAUGGUACCAUCCACCCAGCCAAACCUCAACCACUUGGCCAAUGUGCCACCCAUCUCCUCUUCCACUCAUAUAUCACAAAUAAACAUGAAUCCAAGCUUGCAGAUGAGUGUUCCCAAAAUGCAGACAUUGACAACACCUGAUGUAGCAUUGGUAAACAACACUUCACCAAAGUUAAACAGCACCUCAGUUACGUAUCCCAGCAUGACUCCACAUUCUCCAAGUGUGGUUUAUCCAUCUCUGAGUAACAUAACCUCACCACCAAUGGGAAGAAACAGACCUGCACCCAGCCCAAUGUCUCCACCUCCAUUGACUGACACCCAAAUUCCACUUCCAGGGAUUAUCCCAAUCUCCACCCAGAGCUUCAGCUACACCAGGCCAAAGGAGUUCAUUGCAGCCCAGGCACUCUCUCCAAUCAGGGGUCCUUCUCCAACCGAGUCUCCUGUUCCAAUGCUCCACGAAUUAGCCGCACAAAUAUUCCCAAAAUCAACUCGAGAGCUCACAUCACCCAUCAACCAGUUACCGCCAUUCCCAAGAAAGUUCCCAACAAGAGUUCUGGAGUGUCCGAGCAGCCCACCAUAUGUGUCAUCACCACCUCUAAACCCUCCUGGAUUGAUGAAUUCAGUGUUUUCUUUUAGAACUCAAUCACCACCUCAAGCUUCUUCACCAACGUCUAGCAGUUCCUCUCCAAGCCCCAUCCAAAAUCCAGUGGCUUUCCUGAGUUCUGUUCUUCCCUCAUUGCCAACAUCUCCUCCAACCAAUGCCAUGGGGCUGCCUAUGAGAGCGCCACCUGGGCCUCAAAGUGCCCUGAAGAGGAGUCAGAGAGGCUCCAGGCUCAUCUCCGAUGAUGAAAUCCGUGAUAGCAAGGAGCUGCUUUUACAAGAUAUUGAGAGGAAGUUGCAAUUCAGAGACGAACCUCUUCGUUUUGGACAACAGAAGCCGAUGUGUUUUGUGGGGGAAAUGAGGCAUCCGCUUGGACCAAACAUUCCCACCGCAACGGUCAUUAACUAUGACGAGGAGUACAAGGUGUCGAGUUUUGAGCAGAGGCUGAUGAGUGAGAUUGAGUUUCGUUUGGAGAGAACUCCGGUAGAGGAGUCGGAUGAUGAAGUUCAACAUGAUGAAAUUCCCACCGGGAAAUGCAUCGCGCCCAUUUUUGACAAGAAACUCAAGCACUUCAGGGCUGUGGAAGGGAUUCCCGUCACAUUCACAUGUAAAGUUGUGGGAAUUCCUAUUCCUAAAGUCUACUGGUUUAAGGAUGGAAAGCAGAUUUUGAAGAAGAACGAGCACUACAGGAAAAUCAGAGAGGGUGAUGGGACCUGCUCUUUACACAUAGACACCGUCACAAAUGAUGAUGACGGCAAUUACACAGUCAUGGCAGCAAAUCCACAGGGUCGAAUAAGCUGCUCUGGCCAUCUGAUUGUGCAGACAGGACCUGUGCGAAACCGACCUGUGGUUCACUCUCAGAGGGUGCGAGCGCGUGUACAGGAAGUGGAGGGAGAGCCGACUCAAGAGCGUUUCUUCCGUCCGCACUUCCUGCAGGCUCCAGGAGACAUGUUGGCUCAUGAGGGACGCCUCUGUAGGCUGGACUGCAAGGUGAGUGGACUGCCUCAUCCGGAGAUCAUGUGGCUUCUGAACGGCAAGCCUAUUUAUCCAGACGUAACUCACCGGAUGCUGGUGCGAGAAAACGGGAUCCAUUCUCUGGUGAUUGACCCUCUGACGCAAGCGGAUGAUGGGACGUACACAUGCAUCGCCUCUAAUAAAGCCGGACAGAGCUCAUUCUGCCUCCAGCUCAAAGUCGUGGAGAAGGAGAUGAAGGCGGCUCCUCGUUUUGUGGAGAAGCUGCAGAACACUGGGAUUGCGGAGGGCGCUGCGGUGCGGCUGGAGUGCAGAGUUGCAGGGAUGCCACAACCCGUCAUUUACUGGAAAAAAGACAACGACACUAUCCCACACUCCAGAGACCGAGUCAGCAUGCAUCAGGACACCACGGGUUACGUUUGUCUGCUGAUUCAGCCAACCAGGAAGGAAGAUGCAGGCUGGUACACGGUUUCAGCCAAGAAUGAGGCUGGAAUCAUAUCCUGCACAGCCAGACUAGAUAUCUAUGCUCAGUGGCAUCAGCACGUUCAUCCACCAAUGAAGAAGAGCAGCCUGACCGGCAGCCGCUACGCCGCUCUGACAGGUCAAGGGCUGGAUAUAAAGUCAGCUUUCCCUAUGAGUGAAAACGGCCCACAUGUGCUCUUCAGAGAGCGGGAGAGCGACGAGCUGUAGACCAGCAGCCUUUCAGGACAUUGUGUUCAGACAUCUACACUGUAAAUAUAUCCCUAAAUUAGCAGUUUUCUGUAUUUUAUGAGUUGUUUCCUUGUUUAUUUCUGCUUUUGCAUUGCAUUAUGGGCUCUUGAUCUUCCUUUUUAACAACUUUUAACCUUAAAAAGUGUGAAAAAGUGACUAUUAUUGACAUUAUUAGUAGUUUGCAGUGCUGUAUUGUCUGGUUUGGUGUUGUAUAUUACACUACAAACACCUUGUAAUAAACUGUAGCACAUUUUCUACUAUUUUACAGACUUAUUUCAAUAGAUAUUAUUUCUUAUAUGAUUUCAAAUGACUAAAAUGUCAAUAAAAGUCACUGUGUUAAACUGUAGAGUUGGAUUUUCAACAUCAGAAGUGGACAGAGCAGAGAUCAGCAUCCCAUAAUGCAAUACACAGCCGCAAAACACACACUUAAAACAGAAACUGUUCAUUAACAGGUAUUUUUUACAGUGUACAGGCUCUCAGUUUCUGUCAUGAGCAGCUGAACAUGACUGUUUAUUUGCACACCAUUUUUUAUCAUGGUAUAUUUUGUGCCGCUCGAGCCAAUAUGGAGUUUGUUCUGGUUCACUUGUUGUCAUUUUCUGACUGUGUUUAUAUAUUAAUCUCCUCUUUUUAUUAGACUGUGUGCCUGAUGCAUCGCCCACUGUGAACUACAGCAGGUUUUAUUGAACACACACAUGCACACACAUACAAAUUAAAUACAGUUAAAUGCAAAUUAUUUGCCCUCCUGUGAAGUUUUAAUUCUUCUUCAAAUAUUUCCUAUGUGGUGGUAUAACAAUAGUUUUAAUAAAUAAUUUCUAGUAACUGAUUUCUUUUAUCUUUGCCAUAAUGACAGCACAUAAUAUUAGAAUUAAGACACUAGUGUUUAGCUUAAAGUUACAUUUAAACUAGGUUAAUUAGGGUAAAGUUAGGGUAAUUAGGCAAGUCAUUGUAUAACAGUGGUUUGUUCUGGAGACAAUCAACUCUAAUAAUAUUGAUGACAGCCGACUAUAUAUAGGUCUAUACAUGUAUAGACUUUGGUGGCACGGUGGCACGGUGGCUCAGUGGUUAGCACUGUUGCCUCACAGCAAGAAGGUCGCUGGUUUGAGUCCCGUCCAGUUGUCAUUUCUGUGUGGAGUUUGCAUGUUCUCCUCAUGUUGGCGUGGGUUUCCUCUGGGUGCUCCGGUGUCCUUUAAAGUCCACACACAUGCGCUAUAGGAGAAUUGAUGAACUAAACUGGCCGUAGUGUAUGAGUGUGUGUGUGAAUGAGUGUGUAUAGGUGUUUUCCAGCACUGGGUUGGGACUGGAAGGGCAUCCACUGCGUAAAACGUAUAUUGGAUUAGUUGGCGGUUCAUUCCGCUGUGGCAACCUCUGAUAAAUUAAGGGACUAAGCCGAAGGAAAAUGAAUGAAUGAAUGAAUGAAUGUAUAGACUUUCUCCAGAAGAAAAAUAUAAUAGGAAAUACUGUUAAAAAAUAUCCUUGCUCUGUUAAACAUCACUUGGGAAAUAUUUCACAGGGGGGCUAAUACCUUCAUCUUUAACUGUGUUCCUUUCAGUGAGAUUUGAAGAUUGAUUUGAAACAAGAGCUGUUUCCGAAGUUGCCCCCUACACCCUUAAAUUGAGUUCACAUCAUAAUGUCCAGUUUGGUUUCUGAAAUGAAGUGCACUCAAUCAAUCCCACAGUGCAUGGCAAUAAUGAGUGUACGACCCAUAUACACUCAAAAACAGAACAGGGUAAAUUCUAAAAGGGAUACAGCUGUGGAUACUCACGUCAAUAAUUAAUAAUUCAUAUUACUUGGAGUGUUGGGGUGGGGAUAGGCGUUAAUAAAAUACAAUUUAAUGUGUCAUUUAAUACAUAAUGUGAAUA